AUGGAGGGCAUUCGUUCCACUGGCGGCUACAUGCAGCGGCGCCUGAGUCGUCUGUAUAAUGACACAAAGAAGUCUUCAGACUUUGUUCAGGAACCGGUCAAGGCUCCCGAGGACCCUGAAAUCAAGUCACUGUUCAGAAAGCUCCGCAUCCAAAAGGACCGCGUAUCGACCUGGGGUAUCGAGUGGACAGAUCCUAACCAGUCAGACGAGAUUGAUAGCUCACUAUCAAAAGCCGGUUUGAGUGAGGUUGUUCACAGCAUCCUUUCGACUGUUCGGGAAACGCUGUCAGAAUUGGACGCCCUAUGGAAGAGCUACACCAACCCGCUAGGCACAGUCUCAGAAAAGUCGGCAGAUCGCAAGACCCCCUUUGUAACCUGGGACAAGGCAGUAUUCGCCGAUGCCAUUGGAGAUCUCACUCAGUCUGUCGACACACUUUAUGACCUUUCUAGAACACGCUCCUCCGCCCAGAUGUCGUCGCGUUCCAAGCUUGAAAAGUCCAUGGCCUCCACGGAAGAGCUGCGGCCUUUUGAGUCCACUAGAAUGCAGACGCCUCAAGAAAUCGACCCGACAACAUUAACAAACAUUCGGUCCAUGCAGGCCGAGCCCAUGACCGAGUCCAGAGCUAAUCUGCCGCCGCGCGAUAUCGUCUUCAUGAGCAAGCAAGCCUGGUCAGACCUGUCGCAACACAUUGGUCGGCAACCCUUUGCGCCACUUCUGUUGGAAUUUGCAACGUUCGAUUCCAUGUACGCCAUCACGGGUAUCAUGCCUCCCAUGUCGCGCUUCGAGAAGCUGUCAGCCGGCUUGCAGCAGGACUCGCAGAGGGCUCCGGGUACUUGGAUCGGUCUGCCGAGACUGCUAGGUUACUUUGAGGAUCUGGAGCACGCCCGCCUUGGACUCGUCUAUCACUUCCCGCCCAACUUCAACGCCGUCUCUUUCGAAAACUUUACGCAAAACCCUCUCUACAAUGUUUGCACGCUCGCCGAUCUAUUGUCGCGACCAGACUUUGAGCCGACCUUGGAGGCCAAGUAUCGUUUGGCUUCCAACCUUGUCAACACCGUAUUCGACCUGCACGCCCGGGGUAUCACUCACGGCUGCAUAAUCGACAAGAACGUAUCUUUCUGCAACAUGUCUACGCCCGACUUGACCACGGGUCCCGGCGAGGUGGAUAUUCGCCGGCCUCUCAUCUCAUCCUUUGAUCUGUUCCCAGAUGCUCCGUCGGAUGAUGAACCAGUCUCGCCAUCGCUGCCACUUUUCCGACACCCCCUGGACCCUCGCACCACUCCGGCAUCGCCCAUCAACGACAAGAUGGACUCUCGUAUCCUCGAUCUGUACUCUCUCGCCAUGGUUUUGUUGUCAAUCGGUCUUUGGACCAAGCUCGAUAACCUCGUGCCUGAUCCUUCUCAGCCAAUUCCCGAGUCAGUGUUGAACCAGUUGGGAAUUCGUUGCUCUACCCUUUACAAGAGGGCUGUAGAGACUUGCUGGACAGCGGUUGAUACGUCGCUCCAAGGAGGUACCUCCGACGAGGAGCUUCUCUCGGCUGUGCAGGUCAGUGUGACGCGUUAUCUCGACUCGUGCGCCAUCCUAGACAACAUCAGUUCUCUCGAAGAUCGCCUCAACCUCGACCUUGGGAAGAAGACUUCCGUGUCUCCCAUCAGCACACCCACUCGUCAGAGCAUCUCAGGACCCUCAAAGGAGACCAAGGCGGUGGUGUCCCGACCUUCCAUCGACACUCGCCGUUCCUCAGCUGAUACCAAGACUCCCAUUUCGGAACCCAGCUCCGCGCGCCGUUCGUAUCCCUCUGCUGCAGAGGAGAAGCGACAGCUUGCCAGGCAAGAGGUUCAAACCGGCCCGGUGGAGCUCCCUGCCGAGUCAAAGCCUGCCAAGGCACCGUCUCCCAAGACCCGCCUCUACCCGCAGAUCCCCUUGCCUCCCGAUGCUGUGGAGAAGUGGAACACACUGGUGAUGCCUCAAGUCAACCAAGCACUGCGCCACUUUUACCGCAAACACCGCGAGGAGUCUGUCGAAGUUUCCCUCGAGUCCAUCGGCAGUUCACCGACAAGAACACAGCCGACCGUUCUGGUGGUGUGCACGUCUGUCAGCAAAGUCAAGGCCAUCCUGACGCGCAAGCUGGGCGAGCUUUUUGAGGGCAAGUCUGGGUUCGGGUUGAAGGUUUGCAAGGGACAGGUUCUGAGGUCACGAAAGCAAGCCGGCGACCCCAAACGAAGCGCAGCACAGGAUGACAACGAUGAUGAUGACGGCGCAGUCAAGGCAGCCAACCCUGAUUUUCAAGCGCGACCAAGCAAUGGCGCGAGUAUCGGAGCUUGGGUGGGGGACCGCCACCUGCCGCCCGUUAGCUUGGGCGGCCUCGUUGUAGUCGACGACAAGCCGUAUGGGAUGACGGUCCACCACAUGCUGGACGAUCCCGAGGAGAUUUACAAGCACACGAAAGCCCAAGAUCCGACGAUGCGUAGUAUGGCGCGAGAUGCUGAAGACAUUCGUUUCGACUGGUACGCCGAGUCGUCGGCAGAAAGCAGCAGUGGUGAAGACUAUGCUUGCGAGUUUUCGGAAUCAGAGGAGUCCGAAGCGUAUUCGGAGACGGAUGUUACUAGCGACGCGUCAGACGAGGAGGACAGCGGUGAUGAGUCAGAGGGCGAAUAUGACCAACCCGGCGAUAUCCCUGGUGUUGAGCCGGGCUGCGGCGACGGAUACAUCAUCACGCAGCCCGCCAUGGACGACGUUGACGAGGAGUUUUAUGCUUCGGCGGAGACGGCAAACGAAGAUCACUUGGACAGCUUUACCGUUGGUGAGGUUUACGCAUCGAGCGGCAUCAAAAGGAGGGAGCAGAACGGACUCAUCCACGAAAUCGACUGGGCCCUUUUCGAAUUCGCCGAGGAGAGACUACCUGAGGACAAUUCGAUACCCAGAAUCCAGAGCAAGCAGCUGUCGCCUUCGUACGGGAAAUUCCCAUCAAAGCAAGGCAAAGUCAUGCACCCCAUGACCGUUGCGCCCACCACAGCGCUGCCCGGCCUGGAAGUGCAGUGCAUGGCGCGCACCAGUGGCCUGCAGACGGGUCUCAUCCUGCCCGCUCUGACGAGCGUCAAGAUCUUUGGGCGGACGACGCCUAGCCACACGUAUCAGGUCAGCAGUGCCGCCACCGAGACACCUGCCGAGUUGAGCGGUGGCGGCAAGAGGCAACCCAUGGGUAUCCCCGGAGACAGCGGCGCCUGGGUCGUGGAGCGCGCCCACGGGCGGGUUUGCGGGCACGUCUUGGCGUGGAGUGGGCGGAAGCGCGUUGCGUAUAUUUGUCCAAUGGACGUCUUGCUUCUGGAUAUCGCAGAGACUCUCGAGGCACACGAGGUCGGUUUGCCCGGUGGCGAGCCUGUUGUGAGUCUGAAAGGGCGGAACGAGGAGGAUGAGGAAGAGGAUGGGGGGACGUAUAGAGACGACGAGCCUUCCUCGUCGCCUUUUUUGGACCCCAAGGAUGACGAUGAUUUGGAUGUCGUUUCUGAAGAGGGGGAUGACGGCGAGCUGCCUGUUCUCGUUCGCUCACGCGCCCCUCCCCGAGGACGCGCUACGAAGAAGGAAGAAGGUCAACAACACCAGGACCAAGACCAGAAGCAGGAAGAGCCUGGCCACGAGCAAGAGAAGAAAAAGCAGGAUGGCGCUUCGCAGGAGCGGGAAAAGUUUUCGUCUGGCGAGAAUCAUGAUUUAUCACGCAGGAUGGAGUCUAUGGGCAUUGGCAGGAGUCGCAUGGGCGUCGGCAUGUGCAGCUGA